AUGUUCACGAACAGCGUUCGCUCCGCGCUCCGCCGCGCGUCCACGGCCGCGAUCUCGUCCUCGACGAGCGCGUCCGUCGCGUCGUUCGAGCGCGCGGUCGUCGCGCGCGUCGCGCGAUCGUCCCCGCGGAACUACUACCAGAUCGCCGCCGAUCGCUCCGCGUCCGCGUCCGCGUCCGCGCGCGCGUCCCAGGGCGUCGCCGCGAACGCGUUCCACGCGUCCGCGCGCGCGCGCGCGGAGGACGCCCCCCCGGAGACCCCCGCGGCCGCGAAGGGCCUCUCCCAGGUCCUGAACGAGGAGCUCGAGCACGAGCGGAAGACGUACGCGCCGUCGGAGGUGGUCGGCAGGGGCCCGCCGGAGCCGUUCGAGCUCGCGGAGACGGACGGGGACUGCGAGAUCACGCUCACGCGGGAGUACGGCGACGACGAGGUCAUCUCGGUGAUCUUCAGCGCGACGGAUGAUUCGGACUACGACGAGGAAGACUUCUUCGCCCCCGACGGCGACGACGUCGAGGACGAGGAGGACGAGGACGUGACGAUCAGUUUCGACGUGCAAGUCACGCGCGGCGACGAGGAGGAAGCCCUCUUGUUCGAGUGCGCGACCGACGGCGAGACCGUGGAGGUGAGGAAGGUUCGGUACACCGACGCCGAGAGCAUGGAGCUCGACGAGCUCGACGGGUUUUCUAUGGCGGGCAACAGGUACCAGGGGCCGAAAUACGAGGAGCUGGACGAGAGCGUUCAGGAGGAGUUCCACAAGUACUUGGAAGCGAGAGGGAUCGACUCCACGCUCGCGCGGUUCAUCAUGGAGACGCACAUCGACAAGGAGCAGAGGGAAUACACCCGGUGGCUCGAGAACGUGUCGAACUUCGUCUCCAAAGGGAAGAAGUAACGCGCGGCGCGGCGACGCGUUCGGUAGGCGCGCGCGGGGUAAAGCGGAAGAGGAUGGAUGCGGUUUUUAUGCCAUCACAGAAGACGUCCUCCUCCCUUCUUGCCGAGACGUUCGUUCGUUUCGUUUCACCGAGCGCCGACCGACCGCGUCUCUCUCUUCGCUCACGCGACGCAGCUCGUGCCGAAGAUGCGGUAACACCGCUUCGGCGGGUCCCCGCGCUUCUGACCCGGGACGACGUACGACAUCACGCAGCACUGCACCCACCCCGCUCUCUCCGCGCCGAGCUUGUGGUCGGUGAGCUUCGUCAUCUUGUCCUUCACUCGCGCGUACGUCACCUCGGACUCCCACAAGUUACACGGCUGGAUCCCGUGGAAGAACGCGUCGCUGUCCGGCGGCGCGAGGUGGGCUUUGAUCUUCCCGGUCGCGUCCUCGAGGACUAAGCUGACGUUGAACUCGAAUUUCGGUUCUUUGUCUUUUUUCCCCAGCCCUCGCUUCCGCUUAUUCGCGGCGGCGCCCUUCUCCGCGGGCGCGUCCUCCGUCCCGUCCCUGCAAAAGUCGUGGACAUCCUUCGGGUAGUGCUGCACGACGCGCACGACGCAACGAUGCCGCGACGGCGGCGGCGUGCACACGAUCUCCCGCAGCGUGUGCAACGGCUGGUUCUCAAACUCCGUGCGCGUCAUCCCGAACACCCCGCCGCCGCCGCCGCCGCCGCCGCCUUGACUCUCGCCUUGGCUCAUCCCCAACCCGAUCUGGUUCUCCGGCGCCCACUGCGAGACGCGUCGCUGCUCUAUGCGCUUCGCGCU